AUUUGACAGGUUGAGAAAAUAGUUUGUGGUUAUGCUCAGGAAGCCUCACAGCAUAGAAAGAAAAAGACUGCAUUUCCUGAACUUCCUUGAACCCCUAAAGGCCAUCAGAAAUAGCAGUUACUAUAAGAGGAGAUAUGCAGAAUUCCUUACUCAGCAUACAUCUACUGACCUCGUUUAAAAAGUCGACUGCGCUUGUUCAAGGAAAGAAGAGUCAAAUUGUUGAAUCCAAAGGAAGACUUUGUGCAAUUGGUGGUCUUGCAAGAACUUUGACAACAACAGAGAUCUACAGUACCAUCCACCCCAUAACAGUGCUACAAGACCACACCUCAUUUAACAAUAUAGACCUCUACCAUGGAAUAACUCAUUCGUGAUGCAGCAAGUCAUCUGAAGUACAAAAGCAAAAUUCUGCAGUUACACAGAAUAUGGCUGUAAAACCAAUGGAGAAAAAAUGUUUACAUGCAACCACCUUGUAAGCCCACUUAGUUCUGCAGUUCACUUGCAUUAAACUCCUUAAAUUAGUACUCCUGGGCUGUAUUAUAAUAAGAAAAAGCAGAGGUAUUGAUUAUUUAAAUUCUUUCCAAUAUGACAGAGAACCUCUAUGAGCUUAAUUAUUUAACUAAUGACAGUCAUGGAGCCUACUCGCUUCAGAACAGUAUGACUGUCAUGACAUCUGCUUAUGGCAUAUCCACUACAAGCUCAGUACAGCCUUGUCCAGCGUCUCCACAUAUUAACCAAAAGCAUCUAUCAUCGCCUGCUACUCCACAAAAUGAGCUUUCUCCUCUGCUUGACAUACCUCAUGGUGGAGAAUCCUGGGAUUAUCCACUUGAGAAGUCCACAUCUACUCAGUGGGGAUCUUCAUCUAUGGAUGAGAUGACAGAGACAAUGGGCUCUCGCGUUGUCUACCCAUUCAGUGUUGUUCCUCAUAGCAAUGCUGCAUUAUCUUGCAAAUUCAAUGCCAGUGCUCUGCAAAGGCUGGAUUCCUUUUCCAAGGCCUUUCCGAUGAAAAAUCCAAGCACUGCUUUUGGUAACAGUGUGGGGGAUAGAAAUUCAGAGGAUAGCCAAGUGCCAGAGAUAUUGUUGUCACCUCAGAGUGGAGUGCCUUCGGAUGGGUCAGAUCGAGACCCCUUUAGUCCAGUGACCAUGCAGAGCCAGCCACAGCAGCACCAUAAUCAGCCAACAUAUCGUCCAAUGGACGGCCGACAUAUGACUCACAAUCUGUACCAAAACCACCAACAAUAUCAUUAUGGAUAUCAACAGCACAAACAACAGCUGAGAGAAAACCACUCAGAGCAGCUAUACAACUUACCCCUCCAUAAGGCACAGAGCCAGUAUCUCCAGCAGCCAGGGAUUCAAAACCAGCUCAGUCCUUAUUCACUGGCCCUGCAAAAGCAACCCCAGAGGGCGAUGUUCAUUCAACAAAGUCCACUAGAAGGCCCUGAGUCUGUUGGAUCACCAUCCUACAGCUACGCUGAGGAUUAUAAAUCACCCGAACAACCAGCUUUGCAGGCUGGUCAAGGGUUGCCUCUACACUCACCCCAUUUCAAGGAACCACAGCAUUUUCAUCCAUUCUCCUACCAGAGUGAUCUCUAUCAGCACCAGCAGCCUCAUGAGCAAGCACACAUAUUCUCUUUUAAGCAAAGUACCUCUUUUGGGGAUAAUAACUUGGCAUCAGUUGACACUGUGCCAGGAGUUCCUAAUAUAAAAGAGGAUGUCUGUACGGAUUCAAACCACCCUCAUAAAAGGAAAGAUCUCUGCAGCUCCCAUUAUCAAACGGUAGGUUCUGGAGUCAAUCAAGCUGCUCAGUCGACAGCUCUGAGGGGAGGAGUGCUUCAUCACCUCAGUUCCUACAGACAGCAGUGGGCUCAGAUGCACGAAUCUGAUACUCAAGACAAUCAGAUUUUACCUGUUUGCAGGAAGGAAACAGAGGCAGUGAGGGGUCAAGGGUCCAAUACCAAGCUGAAAUGCAUUGUCUGCCACAGGGAGUUUAAAAGUUUACCAGCCCUUAAUGGCCACAUGCGAUCUCAUGGGGGAUUCAGGACACAUCCAUCAGCAUUCAAAACUAGUGAAGGCCAAAUUCAGCUGUCCAGAGAAGUAACUCAAAUUGACCCCAUGGUGCUACCCGUAUCUGUUCCUGUAAAGGAUUACCAAAUUUCCUCCAAGCUCCCAAAUUCCCUUCAUUAUCACCCAAGACCAAGUGAUCUCAGUGAUACAGUUGGGGCUUGUCCACAGCUACCUGUUCCUGCACAUAAGGACCAGUCAUCACGUGUGCAGAGUGCUAUAGGAGUAGGAGACUGUGUAGAAAAGCGGGAGAAAAAGAGGUACCGUCACUGCCUGGUGCCGCUUGUGAUUUCCCCAUGUAAGGCUGGCCUCGGAUCUAGAGGGCCAGUGCUUUUCCAGAGCCAACUACGUUCCCCAAGCAGCUGUGGAGAUGACAUUCCCUACACUCCCCCACCAAUGCUCAGCCCUGUGCGUCCUGGCUCGGGUCUUUUCAGCAGUUUCAAUGCAGGGCACCACUGCACUGGAACACAGAGUGUCCAGCGAGUGCGUCUAUGCAAAGACAAUGACGUGGAUGACUGUACUGUGAGAUUAGGUCCAGAGGAUAAAUCCAGCAGCAUGAAACCCCGAAUAAAUAUUGGUACAGAUUUUCAGGCAGAGAUCCCAAAUAUUCAGAGUCACUAUAAAGCAGCAGAAGACAUCCACAAGGCUACUCUGCUAUGGACACCAUGCUAUCUGGAUACCCCUGGCAACCAGCAAAGAGUGGAUGAUCUCUUGAAAAUGGCAUGCUCCAGUGUGCUCCCAGGAGGAGGAACAAACACAGAAUAUGCCCUUCAUUGUCUUUUUGAGUGCAGAGGAGAUGUUAUGAUAACCCUUGAGAAACUACUCUCACUGGAGCCUUUGAAACACAUAUCCAGCCCCAAAAGAGACUACCAUUAUGCCGGAUCAGACAAAUGGACUCUGCAAGAAAAGAGGCAACUGAACAAAGCCCUAGCAAUUUGCAAAAAAGAUUUUCACCUCAUUCAAAAAAUGGUGAAGACAAAGUCCGUCUCUCAGUGUGUUGAGUAUUACUAUACAUGGAAGGAGAGGCUUCGACUGGGCAGAAGACUCAGCACAGGUCCUACAACACCAGGUCAAGAGAAGGGGGGUGACUUGGAGGAAAACAAUACAGCACAACCAGCCCAAGAGGCCAAGAAACAGACCAGGGGCCCAGAGUUCCCUGACCUUUCUGCCAAAUCACAUGUAGCGAUUGUUUGUGAAGUACCCAGAAGUGGGCCUAUGCAUAACGGAGAUGAAUGGAACCAGAGCAGUCUGGGUGGGCUGUACAAUUUGCCGGUUGAAUACAACAGACCCAGAUCAGCUCAACAGUUAGUUGCGGGUUCUGUAAAAAGCUCACCAUCAAACAGUACCACCAGUGGAGAAACUGACUCAAGUCUCAUUUUCCCCUGCACUGAAUGUGGAAAGGUUUUUUUUAAGGUGAAAAGUCGCAAUGCCCACAUGAAGACUCAUCGUCAACAAGAAGACUCACAGUUUUGGCCGCUUCAUAGACUCCCUGAACAGGAAAACCAGACUGUGACACCUGCCAACCCUUCUGUUACACCACUUCACCCACCCACAACUCCUCAUUCUUUACCUUGCAGCAGUGGUAAAGACAUGAACGCGUUACUCAUUAAUGACCGAGAUAGACUGCAACAAGCGGACUGCCUCUUGCGGAACCAGAAUCUUAAAUAGUGAUUUCACAAUCUUUGGAGGCCACAAACAAACUGAGUGGUACUGUCUUUUAAUAAAAUCUCUGUUGUAAAGAAUUUACCUCAGAACACUUAGUCUAGAGAAAUAACAUCAAAUAUAUAGCCUAAAUGAGACACUGUGUAAUUAAACAUGGAGUGAAGGUGAGCUCUAACUGAUGUAAUAUACAAUAAUAAAAUAUAAUUUGAUGGCAAGAAA